GGCACUUUUGACGUAAAUGCAUGGAAGUCGAUUGUUUUUAGAUAACAUUUUUUUACCUUAACCGUUCCGCGUUAUAUAUUCGUUUUAUUUUUUGAUGCAGUGAUACAUUUUGAGGCUUCUAGCCUCCACAAUUAUGGUUCUCAACGCCGCUGUGCAGAUGUUGAGGGAGGCGGAGGAGCUAAAGCAAAACAUUUUGAAAUUCAAAAGUGAGACAUCCAUGCUGCAGGAACGCAACCUGUGGUCCCUGCAGCAACAGCUUCAAAAGAUAUACCAAAAAGUUCUGGUCCUGGACUUGGACUAUGCCCUGGAUAAGAAGGUUGAGCAGGACCUUUGGAAUGUCGGCUUCAAGCAGCAGAUUGAGGCUCUGCAGGCCAUCUCUAAAGAUAGAAAGAACCCUCUCCGGAGCGAGGGCGCCGCCAUGCUGUCGUGGGUGCUGCAAGCGGCCGCCGGCUUCUACCUGUGUCUGUUGCACCAGAUAUGUACGGCUUUUAAACUGGACCUGCCCUUCAGACGCCGCGCCUCCCUCCUUGGCUGGGUGGAGGGCUGGAGCCCCGCUCCCGCCCCCGCGGGCCCCAAGCUCCCGCCCCCCGCCGCGGCGCGCUACAUAUGCCAGCACUGCCUAGUGCAUCUAGGUGACCUGGCGCGGUAUAGACAGCAACCUAGGGUGGCUUAUACUUUCUAUAGGCACGCGCUCGUGGUGUCGCCCCACUCCGGGCAGCCGUACAACCAGCUGGCGCUGCUGGCGCGCCGACGCGGGCGCCGCCUGGGCGCCAUCUACUGGCACGUGCGCGCCAUCCUGGUGCGCGCGCCCUUCCCGCCGGCGCCCAUCAACCUCGCCAGGACGCUGCACGAUGCGGCUGGCCAAGUAGCGCCGCCGGCGCCGGCGCUCCUCCCCGGCCGCGCCGCGCCCGCUCCCGCGUACGCCCCGCCGCGCGACGCGCACGCAUACGUCACGCUACUAAUACGCGCCGUGCGCGACAUACACACAGGGGAGAGAUUGGAAGCGGCCGACCAACUAGUAGAGACCCUAAACACUUCUCUCACGUCUCUAGUCGCCACCGACAGUUUUGAAUCCAUGACUCUGAUUAAGAUGGUAUGCGUGAUAAUAUGGCUAGUGCACACCACAACGGACGAGCUCACGGCCACGGAACAAGCGCUGAGCGAGAGCGAGUCCGCGGCCGCGGCGCUGAGCCAAACGCUGGCUGUGGGCACGCUCCUGGCGCUCUUACUGCCGUCGCAUACCGCUGAGAGCCCUUUGGACCGGGCGCUGCCUGCACUGAAGGUGUGCCUGGAGUGGGUGGUGCAGCACCCGCGGCUCGUGCACUCGGCGCCGUUCGCCGCGCGGCCGCUGCUCUGGCAUGCGCUCGCGCACACCCUCAACAAGCUGCCCAACGAGGACUGCGACAAAUAUGACACCGUACCCCUGCCUGAGGACGAAGAGCUCCACGGUUUCCAACCCCUGGAGCGGUCGAUGGAGCACCUCGAGUUCUGCCACCACGCCGCUUGGGACACGUACGGGCGCAGCGUCCCUGAUGUUGAAGAGGAGAAGCCACUGGACCAGGAUGUGCCCCACCCGUCCGUGGUGUCCCCCGACUGCCUAAGCAACGACCCGGAGCUGGAGGCGCGCGUGAGGGCCAACCGGCUCGUCGCACUCGGCUCGCGGCUCGUCGCCAUUGCUCCCGAACACUUCUCUGUCUCCGUCGAAGACAACACAGCGAGGUUCACGGCGUUGUGUCGCGGCGGCGAGUUGACACGCCUCGACGCGUCGCGACGCGCGUCGGUGGACGCGCCGCCGCCUGUCGUCAUCUCGGAGGCUGAUUUUAGGGAGAAAGUGCGGGAUCAGCGUGUGGGCAUCCUGAAGCCGCAAGGGUCGCUGGAGCGGGCGCGCGAAGAGCGCGCCAUGGCGACCGUCGGUGACCAGGAAUUAGAAGACGCCGCCGCCAAAGAAUGCGCCGAUGAUAAGCGGGACGGCCGGCGGGCGCGCGUCAACAUCGCCAUGGCGGCGAUCCUUCGCAAGCAGGAGGAGUCUUGCAAGCAAGUGAAGUUUAAGACUCCUCCUCCUGUCGCGGAGGAGACAGACCCAGACGCCAAUAAAGACGCCGCCGCCGACACCUCUCUCUUAGAGCGCCCCAAAACCAUGCAACCCAGGCCCCAAAAGUCUCUGGCCCAAAUCCCCGUAGGCAGAAAAACUGGCGGCAUUCUCGCCCUGAAAGACAAGUCGGGUUACCCCCAUCUAGUUGAUAUACCCCCAGAGCCCAAGCCCAAAGAGAAACAGCCUGAGAAGGAUCCGAAAGUCAUCCAACCGCCUACCCAGAAAAAUCAAGGCAAGUGGAACCAGUUUGAACAGCGAGCUGGACAGAGAAAUUACGGAUUGCAAAGCGCCGGCAUCAGCUACAAUCCUCAAUAUAGUCCGCAAGCUAAUAUUAGACUGCCUGUUGUUAACCCGAAAGAGAUAGAUGUCCGUUCCGCGGCGCUGCAGAAGCAAAACGCGCGCGCUGAUUCGAGAGACAAAGGAUACAUGAGCAACGAUAAAAGGCAGUUCCUUAACGAUCUACCUCCUCGCUUCGCCAACCAACGCUGGGCUCAAGAAGAAGAAAAUAAGUUUAGGGAUGACGAUUUCAGAGUCCAAAAUGUCCCAUUAGACGCGAACCUUUUCAAUCAGCCUCCAAAUUGGCUCAGUAUGCCGCCGCCUUUGCUCCCAUCCCAACUGGCUUCCAUUCAACCUCCUCUCAUGUCCCAAAUGGGGCAGAUGCCCAGUCAAAGACCGGGACAGAUGGGACAGAUGUCCCACCCGAAUCAAAUGCAGUAUCCACCACCUAUGUCUAAUCUAAUUCCUAACUUUUGGAAGUCUGAUUAUCCACAAACUUCUAAUGCGAAUCUAGCUCAAUUCUACCCGAGCACAUUCGGGCAGCUCACUCAAAUACCUCAGACGCGUAAGCCGGAUCAGAACUUCAUCAGACCUACUGCUAUAGGUCAAAUGCCUAGACACAUUUCGCCUCCAGGCUACAGCAUGCCCGGUCUAGGUCUAGGUUUCUUUGACCAGUACAAUCCAAUCCAGCAAACAAGGAACUACCUAGAUGAAGGGUCGUUGCAAAGUAACAGAAGUUUCCUAGAAGAAAAAACCUACCAGCCUUUAGACAUGGGGAGGCAUGGGCCGCUGGAUCUAAGUAGCCCCCUACCGGGGUACGAGAGACGCAUGGAAGAUAGACCGCAGGAGGUCCAGGAGACUCCGAGCUCUCUGGACUUGGCCAUGCCUACGGAGGAACCAGUCGCAGUGGGCCGCGAUUCCCCCGCGGAGGACCCCGGCACCUAUUCGCUGUUCAGCGGAGCACCCGGGGCGGUGUCUUGGGGCAACGUCACGCAGAACCAGCCGGGCUCCCCCGAUUGGAUGAUCCCGCCCUAUGAGCCCUGGCAGCCCUUCUCCCUCCACCCCCCUUUGCCCGUGGACACCCCUCCCUCGCCGCCCCCCACACGGAGCGCCCGGGCAGGAAAAAUCUCCAAAACCGCAGUGAAGCCUCCGCACCCUUAUUUUCGACCAUUCUGAACGUGAGUAGGUAACCGAGUAUGGACUGCAAGCCGCUGCUCCGCAUGCAGCUCGACAACACUACGUCCUGCCUUUGACUGUCUAUCCGUUGUAUAUGUCUUUUAAUUCAUUUAAGGAUAAUCCAACUGAAAGCAAAAUUAUUGUGAAUCUCACGUGUGUGAUAAAAACUGAUUAUCGAUGUGUUGGGACACUUGGUAUUAAAUUUACAUUAUUAACCCUUCUCUCCACUUGACUCUAUCCAGGGCCUCCUUGAUUUCCCGAUGGAGAGAGCUACACCAACAAGAGUCUAACUCUUAACAUUUACGACGACGAUUAACCCUUCCCCAGGCCGCACCAACCCACAACGUUUUCCCAAAAAAUCUAAAUAUAUUCCAACCGGCGACGACAACAGCAAAAUCUUAACAAAUUAUACACCUAUUAAUAUAAAAGGUGAAAACCGCAUGAAAAUCCGUUCAGAAGUUUUGGGAUUUAUCGAGAACAUACACACACAUAAACAUACGUAAAGUGUAUUUAUAAUCCAGCUUUGAUGAUUCGUUUGAAGAGAUUUCACUUUUCACGAAACUUCAAUAUAAUUCGAUCCUUAAAUCGGAUUACUAAGGUUGAAAUUUUAUUGGUGCCAAUGAAGUCGAGUUUACUAUGCCUGGAAAAGGCUAAGGCUUAAGGCUAUUAAUAAAUAUUUAUCUUUGUCAAAAUAAGUAAGGUGUUGCAAGAGGAACGGCAGGGUAAAAUGGAUGCCUUUAUUUUUUACAAUGUUUUGGACUUUACCAAUUUAGACCUAUAAGGCUUGUCAUAUAAAAUUAUUUGUUACAUAAAAUCAUAUUAGUUUGAACUUUACAUAAUAUGAUUAAAAUAUAAAUUAUACAAUAAUAUCGAUUAAACAUAGAUAUUUGCUUGUAUAACAAUGCUAACUAUAUUAUUUUAUUCUAACUCUAUUUUUUUACCCUGUCUUGUUAUUCCACUUCCGUUAUACCCUGUUCUGUUCUGGGUACUUCUAGCGAAUGAAUAUCAGCGAAAAUCUAAGUUUGCAAAUUGCGGGCGUUUUUCUCUGUCAGUCUUAUUACGCCUUCAUUGGAGUAAAAGAGAAGAUCCCGCAAUUUGCGAAUUUCGCUUUUCGCGGUAGCCCCACAGGCUCAGCCUAUUUUGGUCACUGACGUGUAGUGCAACUGACAUUGUACAACUAGUUUUGUGUAAUAAACCAUUUUGUAUUUGUAAUAGCUGUCAAUAGAAUAAGGUAUAGAAACUGAAGGUAGUUAAUUCAACCGAUUAAUUAUUAAAUAUUUCCUUAUACCAAUAUAUUUAUUAUAUUGUAUUUUACAUAGACAACCUGUAUCCGUACCUGCACCAAGAUCCUAUCGUUAUUUUUCUUAUGUUUAAUAUGAACUUUGUAAAAUUUGAACCCAUUCACACUUAUAAAUGUAUGAAAUUUCGAAAGUAGGCAUGCUUAAAAGCCUUCUUUAGCGCAGGUACCUUAUUAUAUUCCGUCUUGUUAUACCUACUAAAUGUAGGUAACAUUAUGUAAAAUGACGCAAAAUCGACAACUUGACAAGUCGCAUAUUAAAUUAGCAAAUAUGCAUUUUUGUAAAAAAUAAUGGUAUACUUAGACUUUGGCGUAAGACGUCAAGAUAAGUCAGUAUUUAUAUUUAUAGUGCCAAACAAAUUAGUACCAUCUUCCCUACUCUCCCCUAAAAUCGAAGUUAACUAUAAACAUAAUGUUCGCUAUCUAUGAGUACAUAUAUGUACAAAAUGAAAGUAUUAUUUUUUUAUUUUCAAUGUAAGCAAAUGUUCGAUGUAUUUUUAUGGUGAAUGUUUAAAAGUAAAUAAAAUCAUUUUCGUUAA